GAUUGGACAUCAAUGGGAUGGGACAAACUAGCCAGACGAAAAAAAAAAUUUUUCUAAUGUAAAUGUGGGCAUAUUUAUAUUGCCAAGCCCAAGAUGACAAAAUCUAAACCAAGAAAACGAUAAAACAAAAUGCCUACGAAAUAAUCACAAGAUUUUUGGAGUGGCGUUGUGGGCCCCUGUGAAGUGUUGGAGGAUGGCAACUCGGAAGCAAUUCUGUUCCUACAUGAUAUGAUGGAUGAGGGGAAUUGAGGUUAUUGGACAUGUGGAACAAAGUCCCAAGUCCUGACCAUUCAUUUCCAACAGCGAGGGACAAUCUGUUGUACUUUUGAGUUAAUAACAAAAUGGAAGCUGCAAAAUUAGUUCUGGGUUUAAACUUCUUGCUCAUUUUUCAGUUAAAUUUAGUAGUAUUUGCUGCUGAUGGAUAUAGCAGAAAUGACUUCCCACCGGGCUUUGUUUUCGGUGCAUCAACUUCAGCUUAUCAGUAUGAAGGUGCGGCAAAUGGAGAUGGGAGGACUCCCAGUAUCUGGGAUACUUUUGCUCAUGCUGGGUAUAUGAAUGGAACCAAUGGAGAAAUAGCAUGUGAUGGGUAUCACAAGUACAAGGAAGAUGUUCAACUCAUGGUAGAUACAGGCUUGGAUGCCUACAGAUUUUCCAUUUCAUGGUCAAGACUCAUCCCAAAUGGAAGAGGACCUGUCAAUUUGAAGGGCUUGCAAUAUUACAACAAUCUCAUUAAUGAACUAAUCAGAAAUGGAAUCCAACCACAUGUUACAUUACAUCAUGCUGAUCUUCCACAGGCACUUGAAGAUGAGUAUGGAGGAUGGGUUAAUCGGAAAAUUGUGAGAGAUUUUACAGCUUAUGCAGAUGUAUGCUUCAGAGAGUUUGGUGAUAGGGUUCUACAUUGGACUACUCUAAAUGAGGCCAAUGUGUUUGUUUUAGGAGGCUAUGACCUCGGAUUUCUGCCACCUCAACGAUGCUCUGCCUCUCUUCCAUUUAAUUGUUCAAAAGGCAACUCAUCAACCGAGCCAUAUAUGGCGGCUCAUAAUAUGUUAUUAGCGCAUGCAGCAGUGGCAAAGCUAUACAAGGAAAACUAUCAGGACAAUCAAUAUGGACUUAUAGGGCUGAACCUCUUCAGCUAUUGGUAUGUUCCUUUAACAAACACAACAGAAGACAUAAUUGCAGCUGAGAGGGCCAAUGAUAUCUACAUUGGUUGGUUUUUGCAUCCCCUGGUAUACGGAGAUUAUCCUAGCUCUAUGAAGGAGAUUGCUGGUUCAAGGAUGCCAGCCUUCACUAAUUUUGAAUCCAAGCAGAUCAAAGAUUCAUUUGACUUUAUCGGGCUGAACUUCUACCUUACAAUGUCUGUUAAGGACCAGCCUAGCAGCUUACAGAUCGAGCACAGAGAUGUUAUGGCAGAUAUGGGUCUAGAAUUAAUGCGUAUGUCAUCUUCUUUACAAUAUAAUGCAUCAACAUUUGAGUUUCCUAUUGUACCUUGGGGCCUCAAAAGGUUACUAGAGUAUUUCAAGGGCUUUGGAAAUCCUCCUAUUUAUAUCCAUGAAAAUGGUCAAAGGAUGCGACGGAAUUCUUCUUUGGAAGACUGGCCAAGGAUUAAGUAUUUGAAUGCAUACAUUGGAAGUGUGCUUUAUGCCGUAAGGAACGGGUCAGAUACGAGAGGAUAUUUCGCGUGGUCGUUCAUUGAUAUGUUCGAAUUGGUGGGUGGCUAUGAACCAAGCUAUGGCCUAUAUUAUGUAGAUUUGGAUGAUCCGGAUUUAACAAGGUAUCCUAAGCUUUCUGCCCAUUGGUAUUCUGAAUUUUUUAAGGGAAAAAGCAUGGACUUGAUUCAGCUGAAGGAUAAAUCUCUUUUGAAUCCAGAAUUCACACAUUAA